AUGAAGUUUCUCUGUUUCCAUGGUGCCAUUGGCAAUGUUGAUAACAUCAGCAUCCAGCUAGCUCCCCUUGAGAAGGAGAUGUCCAUGGAUAGUUCCGCUGAAUUCCACUAUAUCAUGGGCCCCGUUCCUGUGAUCCCCCCGGCAGGUUUUGCGGAGUAUUUUGGUGUUGGUCCGCAUUUCAGAUGGCUCGAAGACAAUGGAGUCGCGGAGGAAUCCAUGAUUUCCCGCGUUCGAAAAGCUCCGCAUGGCCAGAGCCCAGAAGAUGCUAUGAGAACUCUGGGUGAGGGCUGGGAUGGCCGCUGGAAUAACCACCAACAGGUCAUGGAUUAUCUCUAUGAUACUUUGGAGAAGAACCCUGACAUUGCAGGUGUCAUUGGUUAUAGUGAGGGUGCCACCAUGGCUGCCAGUCUCAUCAUGGAUGAGGCAAAAAAGGCCCAGGAGACUGGACGUGUCCAAGAAGUGGUCCUGGCGGACGAGAGCGACCUUAUUCUGGACGUGCCCACACUUCAUGUUGUUGGUGCAGAUGACCCCUACCGAUACGGCGCGCUAGCCCUGUUCAAUGUGUGUGACCCGGAUAGCGCGGCCCUGUUUGAUACUGGAGGCGGCCACACCAUUCCUCGGUCCGGCAAGGUGAUCAAAGAAUUGGGAAAUGCACUCCGGGAUUUGAUAGACAAGGCGUAUGAAGCGUAA